AUGAAGCCUCUGCUCAUUCUGCUUGUCCAUUGGGCUGUGCUCUUGACAUUAACCCAAUGUGAGCCACCACCAGGACAACGACCUCUUGUCUUUAACAGUUGGCCACCAAAGAAUGCCAAACAAUUGGCAUCGCGUCCAGGUGCAGGUGGACCAGCAGCGGGCAAACAACGAACAUUGGUUGUCCAAAUACGCAGUGAUCAGCCCGUUCCAUUGGUAUUGAAAGGACGUCCCAAUCAUGGUCAUGGACAUGCUCAUGCCCAUACCCAUGCCCAUCAGCUGGCAGCCCAUACGCAUCCCGUACACGCGCAUGUUCUGCCUCACCCGCAUACCCACGCCCAUUUGCAUGCCCAUACUCAUCAUUUGCAGCACUUGCGUCUAGCUCCAAGGCCACUUAAGUUGAGUGCUCCUGUGUAUCUGAAGCAAGUCAACGGUGGUGCUGGGGCACUACGCAAGCCGCUGAAGAUAAAGCUUAACAAUUCGAAGCCCAAGGCGAAACCCACUUUUGGCUAUGAUAAACCCUUCAAGUACGAGAAGCCAACAGCUGUGGCCUACAGUGAGUUGCAGCAUUUGCCGCUGGACACGCAUAACAAUUUCAACACCGAGCACUUUGCACCCAUUUACACGGUACCCGCACCAAAUCUGGCAUUACACGACAAUCAUUUGGAGCUGGACGAUGGACAUCCAUUAGACACUGCUUACCUACCCCCUGCCACAACACCUGCCCCACAACAGACAUAUUUGCCCCCCGUAUAUAGUGUACAUGAGGAUGAGACGAAUGAUCAGACCAUUCGUGAUCCCAUUUCGGGUUCACAGAAACUCUUUGCCCCAGAUCCAGAUCCAUCGCUGCCCGCUGCCAAAUUGCGACAAGCCACAGAACCAUUCAAUACCCCGAGCAAUAAUCGUCCACUGCCAGCCGAUGUACAGAGCAAUCAUCUGCCAGCUCAACCUAUAGUUCAGAUAUUUGGUGCUCAAGCUGCAGCCCAAACAGCGCAAGCUCCAGAGAUUUAUCCAAUUCAAUACACACAGCCCGUAGCUCAAUUGCAGCCUUAUGUAGCCUCUGGUGUGCCCGCUGCCGCUCACAUUCCCAUCUAUAAUCCCACAUACCUGGUCACGCAAUCGAAUCAACUGUAUAAUCAGCACAAGCAACAAUUGUUUAAGCCCAGCACAGAGCACGUCAUCGAAACGGGCUAUGUGAAUGCCGAUCUUACUCAGGAGGUGGCCAGCAAUGGCCAAAUCUUGCAAGCAGCCAAGGAUCCACAUCACAAUAUUCAUCCAGUUUUGGAUGCAGCCCCACAAUACGCUGCCCUGAUAGCGGCUCCAUCACUUGGGGAACCUGAACAGACAACUGUUUACGAGACGGCAGCCUUUCAUUUACCCAAUGUGGCAUCGGCAGUGACAUCCACGGCACCUGAGGGUGGCUUUGUCGUGUCCAACUACUAUGGAAAUUCCCAUGAUUCAUCUCAACUGCUACAGGCCUAUGCCGAGGAAGAGGCACGUCGUCAGCAACUGGAAACGGAACAGGCAGCUCUUGAGUUGCAACAGCAACAGCAAUUGCAUUUGGAGCAGCUUAAGUCGCAGGCACAGGAGCAGCAACAAUAUCAAUUGGAGGAGCUACGGGCUCAAGCACAACUACAGCAACAGCAACAACAGUUCCAUCUGGAAGAACUUAGGGCCCAUGCCCAAGAGCAGCAUUUGCAGCAGCAGCACCAGCAGCAGCAACAGCAGCAGCAACAAUUGCAGUUGGUUCAAUUGCAGCAACAGCAGCAACAACAACUCCAACAGCCCCAAUCCGCCCGAGAUCCUGCUGCAGCAGCAUUCGAAGAGCAUCAACGUUUGGUGCAACAGCAACUGGGCGGCAAUACGCCUCUACGCAUCUUUGUGCCAGAUGAGGAGCUUGCCGAAACGCAACGUCUGCAAAAACGUUCCGAUAAUCUGAAGAAGGGCAUAGUGGAAGAUGUCCGUACCACGACAUUGGACGAUGAGGCAGCCAAAGAUAUAUUUGAGGUCUCAACCUCUGUGGAAGUUGCCGGUGAACAACCCAAUGGCAGCAAUCAAUAGUUGUUAUUAUUAUUGAAUUAUUUACUUUACACUCUUCAUUUGUAAAAAUGCAUUCAUAUUGAUAGCAAGCAGUCGAUAGUUUAACAAAAUACAUCUUUUA